AUGGCAAAGUCUUUUGCUCUGUUCCUAACCCUUAUGAUACUUAUCUUCUUCAUCACGACCAUCUCUUCACCUCCGGUUCAAGCCGGCUUCACCAAUGAUAUCGACAGUCUAGAAUGGGCCACGAAGGGAGUCCACGGCUCAGGCUGCCACGGGUCAAUAGCAGAGUGUGUCGGGGGAGAGGAAGAGGAAAUGGACUCGGAGAUCAGUAGAAGAAUAUUGGCGACAACAAAAUACAUAAGCUAUCAAUCUUUGAAACGGAACAGUGUGCCUUGUUCAAGAAGAGGUGCUUCUUAUUACAAUUGUCAGAACGGAGCUCAGGCUAAUCCUUAUAGUCGUGGAUGCAGCAAAAUCUCUCGUUGCGAGAGAUAG